CGCCUUCCUCGUUGCGCAGCUCGCUAUGGCCCAGGCCAAGAUUAGCAGCGCCAAGAGCAGCUCCUGCGGCAGCGAAGCAGCCCAGCAAGCGGGCGGCGGCCACCAGCUUCGAGGUCGCUUCUUCCGCUCCACCUCCAUGGCGGACCGCUCCAGCCGCCUGCUUGAGUGCCUCGACCAGCUGGAGCGGAGGGUUGAAGCAUUGCGUGAUGCUGCUUCUACAAUGGAGCAGGAAAAAGAAACGCUUCUGGAAAUGAUCCACAAUGUACAAAACAGUCAGGAUAUGAGGAACAUCAGUGAAGGUGAAAGAGAAGAACUCAAUCUGACAGCCAAGCGCCUGAUGGGCAGAACCCUCACAGUUGAAGUUUCUGUAGAAACCAUCCGAAAUCCCCAGCAGCAGGAGUCCUUGUUACGUGCCACACGGAUGAUUGAUGAAAUAGUCUGUAAAACCUUGGAUGAUUUGGAAGACUCCAAGAGCCGCUUAAUGUCACUUUACGGAGCAUGUACGUCUGAGGUUCCAUCUGGACCCGUUGAUCAAAAAUUCCAGUCUGUUGUAAUUGGAUGUGCUAUAGAAGAUCAGAAGAAAAUCAAAAGACGGCUAGAGACUCUUCUUAGAAAUAUAGAAAAUUCUGAAAAAUCCAUCAUGCUAUUAGAACAUCAGAAGACAACUGCAAGGCAACUCUGCAACAAUGGAAAAGAUUAAAAGCUAUUGAAUUAUAAAAAUGAAUGUUUCCACACUGUAUACAAAAGCAAAGAAAUGUUGCUGUUAACAUUAAACGUAUGGGGCUUAGUAGUACAAAUCGGAUACCCUUGAAUUUAAGGAGGCCUUGCAUGUCUAUGUAGCCCUUAAAUCAAUUCUUGGGUAUUCAGAGCACACAGGUGGGAGAAUCCUGGAAAAAUACCCUUACCCUAUCCUGGGGGUGAAGAGUAUCCCUGGUUAGACCACCAGUUAAAAAGUGUGUUUAUAUGAAGCACAUCCUGUGGCAGCUACAGGGUUAAGCAGGUGCAAGAACCAUAUGAACGCUCAGCAGUUUUUAUUCCAUGGCUUUUGUUCCCAACAGGUUCAACAGACUAUUUUACCAUGUACGUACAGGGAACAGGUCCUUAAACUGCUGAGUAUAUUUAAAGUAAUAGGUAGCAUAGGUAUAGCCUUAUUUAAAAUACAGUAUUGACUGUAAAUGUAGACAUUCUUAUGUCCUAAGGAUCAACCUUUUCAUAAGCUGUAUCUGGUUUGCUCCCAUUUAGUAUUUUAAUACUUGUAUUGUAAAAUCAUCUCUUCCUUCUAAACUCUGGAAGCUCAGCAGUACCUAUUUUGUUCUUUUCCGUUCUCUAGAAAGCUUCAGUGUUGUCAUACACAAAAAAUUCACCUAGC